AUUUUGAAAAAUAGUGUAAAAAAAGUUAUUUCAUAAAAAUAAUAAUUAAUAUUUCAAUUUAAUUGCCUAAAUGUCUGGUGAAAUCAAAACUACUGAACCACUGAUGAUGGAUAAGCUGAAGAAGAAUUGGAUGGAAAUGAGUGUCAAACAAAAACGGCGAACCGUUUUCAAGAUUUUGUUGUUUUUAGUGUGCGGUUCACUACUUGUAUACCACGGAUGGCAACUGUUUGAUCAGUACAACAGCGGCAAAACAUUGGUAACCAUUAAGUAUACCCGUUUGAAACGGGAAUCGGUUCCGGCGUUUACCGUAUGUCUGCCAAUGGCCUUACGUAUGGACAGAUUGGCCGAUCGGUUCCCUGAGUUACAGGAAAAUUAUACCCGAUAUCGGAAACUAAUGGAUACCGUAGAUGAUAGCGAUUAUGAUAAUCAAACACUGAAAGAUAGUUUAGCCGAAAUGUAUAAUCAGUUUGUCGACUAUUAUACUGACAAACGUUUGCCAUUAAACGAUAUAUACAGUAGUGAUAGUAAUCUAACGGUUCCUCAAUUGAUAACCAAUUCAAGCGAUACAAAUCGGACAAUCGGUGGCCAAUAUAUCAUAUCAAUGAUUAAUAUAUAUAAUAAUAAAAAGUUAACGCAUGUUAGCGAUUAUCAGCCAAUUGUUUCGCUAAUGAAUUUGGUUUAUCCGACAAAAUGUCUGACAUUUUUCAGUGAACUUAACCAUCGGUAUCGACAAUACAAACACAAUUUGGAUUCAAUAUUUUUUAUGAUCGGUCACAAUAAACAUUGGUUUCCGGCCUCAAUGUACGACAAUUGGCCACUAUUUCUGAUAAUGCAUUCGUCAAACAAUACACCGUACGAUACGUAUACGGAAAAUGUAUUUUCCCUGCAUAUGAAUAACUACUAUUGGAUCGGCUAUUCAACCAUUAAGACUAUACGAUUGCCGCCCAAUUGGGAUACUAAGUGUCGGGAAUAUAAUAUCUAUGAUUAUAAUAAUAGCGGCACCGGUAGUAGUGGUCACCCGCGAACCCGAUUCGAGUGUCGCUAUCGAUGCUUUCAGCGACUAAUUCAGCAAAAAAAUCGCUGUUGUGUUAACAAUACUGUCGACAAUAACAAUACGAUUAUCGAUUGCAACCAAUGUAUACCAUGGGAUGUCAGUCUAAUACCCGACUAUCUGACCGUUGAUAAUGUGUCCACGUGUUACAAAUAUGUUGACUACGGCUCAUGUGAGCUACCGUUUCGCGACAGUUGCGAUGAACAGUGCCCGGACUCGUGCUAUGAAAACCAUUAUCUAAUGUCAUUGAUUAACAAACAAAAAGUCCAGUUUAUUGCUAGUAAAUCAAAUCGAUGGGAUAACGCAACCGUAAGCGCCUAUAUCCGACAUUCGGCACAUUUGGAUCAGUUGGUUGAGCACAGCCCCGAAAUGACCCGAAUAGAGUUCCUAUCGAAUUUAGGCGGACUGUUGGGCAUGUGGUUAGGUUUAGCCGUUUUUAGUCUAUUGGAUUUGAUUGUCAAAAUAUUUUAGUACUGGUACUAACUUUGUUGUUGUUGUUGUUGUUGUUAGUAUUGAUUGAUUUGAUUAUUUAAAAAAAAAACUAAAAUUAUAUAUUUCAAUGUACUGUAAAAUUAUAUUAUAUUAUUAAUAUAAG